AACAAACAAACAAAAUAAGGAUGACUAAAAUGAUUCUCUUCGUCAGAGCUUUCUUUCUUAUAAUUAGCCUUCUCAUUUUCUUAGGAGCUGAAGCAAGAACUUUGCUAGGUGAUGCUUCAGGGAAUCAUCAUCAUGGGUUGAAGUUGAAGGCAGGAAGUGGUAAGUAUGGAAGGGAGCCAUACAUAACACCUUCACCACCAGCAUCAUCUCCACCAAACAAGCAAGAAAUAGUUGGAAGGCAUGGUCGUUUAUUACCACCUCCUGCUCCCAAGCAUGAUCCAAUUAUUGGUCAACUCACAACAACUACUCCUGAUCAUGAUGAGGUCCUAAUUGUCUUGCUUCCAACAACUACAAGUUCAUCAGUUGUGGGGAAGCAAGAUCAAUUACACGCACCACCACCAAAGCCAGCAGAUAAGCAGCGUCCAGUCAGUAUCACAUCCUCUACUACUACUCAGCAGACGAAUAGUAACCAACACUUGCGGCCUCUUCAGGCUUCCUAUUAAGCUUUUCUCUACUCUGGCCCUCCCUCGGACCUCACACACAGUGAAAGUUUUCGUGCACUGAAUUAUCCUCAUAUAACAUCGAUUGAGACUUUAUGUAUUAUAUAUGUUUUCUACUAAGUAGUAUAUAUAGGGUUGGAUUCUUUUUCCUUAUAUAACCUGGUUUUAGGUCAGUUGAUGAGUUAGCUAGCUGUCAAAGAAUAAUGUGUAAUAUAUUAAUAAGGCUGCUGGUUGCUUAUUGUUAUCCUAUAUACGUGGAGGUGGCAUGCUUUGUAGACUUGUACUCCUCCGUGUCAUAUUACUUUACAUAUUUGUCUUUGAAAAAUUAAUAAAGAAUGCAAAUUUAUUAA